AUGUAUAUCAAAACCCUAACAAUUCAGGGCUUCAAAUCCUAUCGAGACCAAACUCAAAUCGAACCUUUUUCGCCCAAACACAAUGUAGUAGUAGGUAGAAACGGCUCUGGAAAGAGCAAUUUCUUUGCUGCCAUCCGAUUUGUGCUCUCAGACGCAUACACAUCCAUGUCUCGCGAUGAGCGACAAGCCCUGCUUCAUGAAGGAGUUUCUACAUCUACUACGCUGUCGGCAUUUGUUGAAAUUGUCUUUGACAAUUCGGACAACCGGUUCCCAACUGGACACGAUGAAGUUGUUCUAAGGCGUACGAUUGGUGCCAAGAAAGACGAGUACAGUCUCGAUAGAAAGAGCGCCAACAAAGCGGACGUCAUGAAUUUGCUCGAGAGCGCGGGAUUCAGCAAGUCGAAUCCAUACUACAUCGUUCCCCAGGGCCGUAUUACUGCGCUCACGAAUGCCAAAGACCACGAACGACUAGCACUCCUCAAAGAAGUAGCAGGCACACAGGUGUACGAGCAACGACGAGCAGAGUCCCUACGUAUCAUGGCCGACACCGACGCAAAGCGUACAAAGAUUGCCGAGCUUCUUGAGUACAUCGAAACACGGCUCGCUGAGCUCGAAGAAGAAAAGGAAGAGCUGAAAGAUUUUCAGGAAAAGGACAAGGAACGGAGAUGUAUGGAAUAUGCAUUAUAUCAACGGGAGCUGGAGGAAGUCGGGGAGGCGCUCGUCGAAAUCGAAGAGGACAGGAGGGCAGAUGUCCAUGGCGCCAAUGUGCGGAGGCAGAUGUUUAAUGAAAGAGAAAAGGAGAUUCAGGACCUGGAGAAAAACAUCGCAGAAGCACGCCAUACGCUUGCAUCUACCGCACAGAAUCGACGCGAUACACAAGCCGAACUCACUGACCUUAUCCGUUCACGCACGGAACUCGAAUGCAUCAUCGAAGACCUGCGUGCGGCCAACCAGAACUCCGGGGGUAGGCGUGAGGAUUUGGAGGCCGAACUCGAGACUCUGGAAUCCCAAAUUGAAGAAAAACAGGCUAACCUCGACGAGAUCACCCCACAGUGGGAGGAAGAACGCACCAAUGAGUCUGCCGAAAAGAGACAACUGGACGAAGCGAGUGCCCGACUGUCGGCAUUGUUCGCGAAGCAGGGACGUUCGUCCAAGUUCAGGACGAAAGCUGAGCGGGAUGCCUUCCUACGUUCUGAGAUAGCUUCUGUGACAUCGUACCGUUCCUCACAACUCUCCGCCCUCCAAUAUACGGCGCAGGAGUUGGACGUUUCGCGGAACUCACUGUCGGAGCUUGAUCGGCUCAUUGCUGAUGUGCAAGGGAAGGUGGAAGACUCGAAAAAGAAGAAUAAGGAGGUAAUGGAAGAGAUGUUGAGACUGAAAGAGGAACAGAGUGAGUUGACGGAGAGGAGAAAAGAGAUGUGGAGGGAGGAUACCAAGCUGGAUAGUCUUGUGAGUAGGGCGGCGGAUGAGCUUAGGACGGCAGAGCGAGCUUUGGCUGGAAUGAUGGACAAGGACACAGGUGACGGCCUGAAGGCCAUCGACAAUAUCACAGAAAGACAUAAUAUCCCUGGAGUUUAUGGACCUUUGUAUCGCCUGUUUGAGGUCACGGAUCCAAAGUUUAACACGGCCGUUGAACUCACGGCUGGAAACAGCUUAUUCCACGUCGUCGUCGACACCGACGAAACCGCUUCCAGAGUGCUCGAUAUCAUGCUCAGGGAAAAGAGGGGGCGUGUCACAUUUAUGCCUCUGAAUCGGCUAAAACCCAAGCCAGCCAACCUCCCCGCUUCUUCAAACGACGCAGAACCGCUCCUUUCUAAACUCUCGUACUCGCCCACACAUGAAAAGGCCCUGCAGCAAGUCUUCGGCAAAACGUGCGUGUGCCGUGACCUUAGUGUUGCAGCAGAGUACGUGCGAAGCCAUGGGGUAAACGCGAUCACCCUGGAUGGUGACAAGGUGGACAGGAAGGGCGCACUAACGGGCGGAUACCACGACGUCAGACGUUCGCGGUUGUCGGGGAUCACUUCCCUGCGCACAUGGCGUGCGAAAUACGACACGGAGAAGAGGCGCGCAGAGGAAGUCAAAGGUGCGAUUGCUGCACUCGAGCAGGAAAUCACGCGGUGUCUGAGCAGGAUCACGGUGCUGGGUGGCACGCAAGCGCAGGUAAGAGAGGCGCGUGAGCGGUUCCAAGAGGAAAACGCGUCGCUCGCGCUCGCGAAGGAUAAGCAAACGGAACGAAUUGCGCGGUUGGAAGCAGAUAAAGAGGAGCUGGAGGCCGAGCUUCGUGCGCUGGAUGCCAAGCUGGCUGGUUAUCAAACAGAAUUGGGCACCGCGCUCAGUCACGGGCUUACAAGCGAAGAGGAAAGAGCGAUUGUCAGUCUAGGUAAGGAGGUGGAGAGAAGGAGGAAGGAUAUGGUUGGGUAUAGUAAGCGCCGAAACGAGUUGGAAGCCCAGAAAAACACCCUCGAGAUUGAAUUGAAAGAACGGCUCCUUCGGCGUCGCGAAGAGCUGCGCCUUAAGUUGGAAGCUCUGGAGGAGCCGGAUGAAGAAUCCACAUCUGCGGACGACCUCGAGACUCGUACACGCGAGCUUCGUAGCCUAACUGCGUCGAUCCAGACUAUGACUAAGAAAAUCCAAUCCAUUGAGAAAGAAGGCGAAGAACUAACAGCCCAAAUUCAAGAAUUACGGACUAAUCUUGAAAAGAUUCAAACUCAACAAACAGAGGAUAGUCGUUCAAUAUCUAAACAGCAAAAGACAACAGAACGAUAUCUAGCCAAGAGGCAGAUGUUGAUGACUCGCAAGGAUGAGUGUAACCGCAAUAUUCGCGAUCUGGGUGUUCUCCCGGAGGAGGCGUUUGAAAAGUAUAUCAAUGAAAAACUGGAACGACUUGUUAAGAAGCUCCACACCGUGAAUGAAAGUCUCAAGAAAUUCGCUCACGUAAAUAAAAAGGCAUUUGAACAGUACAGUAACUUCACCAAGCAACGAGAUCAGCUUCUUGAGCGGCGUGAGGAGCUCGACAAGUCAGCCGAGUCUAUCGAGGAGCUCGUACAAGUCCUUGACCAACGCAAGGACGAGGCAAUCGAAAGAACGUUUAAGCAGGUCGCCAGCAAUUUCGAGGAAGUCUUUGAAAAGCUAGUUCCGGCUGGACGGGGGAGGUUGAUCAUUCAGAGGCGAAUCGACCAGGAUGAAGACGUCGAUGACGACGAGGAAGCACAGCCAAAUUCGAUCGAUAAUUAUACUGGUGUAUCCAUCAAGGUGUCGUUUAAUUCGAAGGUCGACGAAGGACUCCGCAUACAACAGUUGUCCGGUGGGCAGAAAUCGCUGGUGGCUCUGGCUACAGUAUUUGCAAUACAGAAGUGUGAUCCUGCUCCGUUUUAUCUCUUCGAUGAGAUCGAUGCCAAUUUAGAUGCACAGUACCGAACAGCCGUUGCAUCUAUGAUACAAUCCCUGUCGCCAACAGCACAGUUUAUUACAACAACCUUCCGACCUGAAAUGCUUGUCACUGCUGAUAAGUUCUACGGUGUAUUGUUCAAUAACCAAAAAGUUUCGUCCAUUCGUUCGAUCAAGCGAGAAGAAGCGAUGGAAUUUGUGGACCAAGCAAGUCAUUCUCUCAUUGUGUAA